AUCGAUUUCGUCGAACGGUUAUCAUCUUUCCUGUCUAAGUCAUGGAUAGUGAGGUCAUUUCAGAGGAAGGCUCGGUUCAAAGCUCAAAGGGUUUAAAAUUGUUUACCAAAUCUUGGAAACUGAAAGACUCGAAUCCACGUGCAUUGAUAUUUGUGAGCCAUGGAGUUGGUGAGCAUUGUUCCAGAUAUGAAGAAUUUGGAAGUGUUUUAGCUAGACAAGGCUUCCUUGUUGUUUCCCACGAUCAUGUGGGUCAUGGAAGGAGUGAAGGUGAACCAGUGCAAAUCUCGUCCUUUGAUAUUUAUGCUGCUGAUGUGUUGAAGCACAUGGAUGAGAAGCUUGUAAACCAUGGUGGUCUGCCAAUAUUUCUGUUUGGUCAUUCAAUGGGAGGAACAGUUGCAAUCCUUUGUGCCAUGGAAAGGCCGCACUUCUUCACUGGAGUUGUACUCAGUGCUCCAGCCAUUAUGGCCAAUCCUGAAACUGCCUCACGUGGAAUGAUAUUUUUAGGUAGAAUAGUGUCACGCAUUGUACCUUCAUUUCAAGUGAUUGGAUCUGAAAACUCCUCCCUUCUCAGUCGAGACCCUGAACAGGUUGCCAUCUUGACUAAUGAUCCUUUAGCAUGGAAGGGAGGCUUGAAGGCCAGGUGGGCGAUGGCCAUACAUGAUGCCAUGGAACACAUCAAAGAAAACCUGGCUAAGAUUGAAUGGCCGUUUUUAGUGCUUCACGGUGAUGCUGACCAGCUAACGAUGGUUGACGGUUCCGUGAUGCUAGAAGAGAAGGCAGCAAGUCAAGAUAAAACCAUUAAGAUUUAUCCAGGCUUUUACCACAAACUUCUAAACGAGCCCAAAGAAGAUGCGACUUUGGUGAUGAAUGAUAUAAUUUCGUGGAUAAACCAGAGACUUCCAUCUUGAAAUACUGACUAAAUUCUUUCACUCCUCUUGGAUAUCAUUGAAAGAGAUUAUUUUAGGUACCUCUGGAUCAUUUAUCAAUCAACCGUAGUGGCAUACAGACCUCUGUGUUCAAAACAGCUUGAGCUGCAGCAGGUCCAAAGCGAGUCAACAGCAGGCGGAUUUCUUAUAAGCUCUGACAAGUUUCUACCUCACAAUGGAUGAAUUUGCUGAGAUUUACAUCUCCUUUCUCCAAUCGAAACUGUCUUCAUUUGUGGCAGUAACUGAAUCUCGAAAUGAUUCGCUCCGCUAUUGCGUAUUAUUACCACGCCGUAAUUUGCAUUUGAGCUGAAACCAAGGAGCGGAGCCAACCCAUUUAUAGCGUUCCUUCGUGUUUAAGAGGUUUCCCAGUUUCCAUGCCUGCUGUGUCGUGUGGGUGUUUCAAGAGAAGUGAUUAAUAUGCAACCUCUCUCCAUAAAAUAAAUUUAUUAUUCGAAAGGUAACGAGAAUGCUCUAACCUAUCAGGUUGAAGUUUUUAUCUUGAUCUAACACCAAAUUGUCGUUUGGGAGGUCUUGGCUGAUGGAGGGGUAGAAUUCUUCGAUGUCAAAGCGAAUAAAACUGUGGUGUUGUUUGUUCUUAAUGGGCUUUAAACCACUCGAUCACAGAUCAAAUCUCUUUUUUUUUCCCUAUCUCACUAUAUACAU